ACCGGGCAGUGCACGCGAUAAAAUUCACGGUGUUCCCUCGUCCAAGCUCGUCGCCGUCGUCCGUGCUCGACAACCGUCGCGCGCUACGGUUCUUAUUUCAUGUAGAGGUGUUCACCGACGGCCGUCUUCCGCGAGUCUCUUAUCGUCGUAAGGCGUCAUCACCGUAGUCGUUGGGUCUCACGGUUACCGCAAAUCUCGACGACACCGUCGUCAACCCCGACGAAGCGCCGUUUUUGAGUUUCGGCAUCGUUUUUGGGGUUAUUAUUUUUGUUACCCACUUCAAGACCCGAUGUCGUUAGGCCGAGUUCAGUUCACCGCAAAUGCCACGGCACAAAAUCAUCAACCAAUCACUUACAGAACAUGCUGAAAAUACACAAGGGACWAAAAAAAAAGAAGAAAAAUAAGAAAAAUAAACAUAAAGAAGAAGAACUUUUCAACGAAGAAGAACUUGAAAAAUAUCGCCGAGAACAUCAAGAGGGAAAAGAAGCCGAAGGUGAAAAAGACGGCCAAGAAGAGUGGCAGAAAUUUAAAGCAAUCACAGCUGGAAUUGACGAUGUAUUAAAAAAAACACAAGGAGAUCUUGAUCGUAUCAAGACAAACAGUUUCUUUCAAAGAAAACCUACACAGACUGAACUCAAAGCUGCCGAAGAGAAACUUGAAGCGGAACAUAAGGCAAAACUAAGAGAAGAAGAACGCCUAAAAGCUGAAGCAGAGGCUCAAACUGCUACUAAAGUAGCAGAAGAAGCAGCGGCUUGUGUAACAGCUGAAGAAGAGUCUUCAUCAGAAGAAUCAGAUAACGGUAAUGAUAUAUUUGACACUUCAUAUGUCGAUGUUAUAACAAGUGGAGAAGUAAAACUUGCAUACAUUCCAGAAAGUCCAACUGAAGAAAACUCAGAAUUUGAUCCAUUUGAUACAUCAAUAGUAGACAAAGUAAUCCAACCUAAUCCUUCUAAGAAGAACAAAAGAUACAUUAGUCUUGGAUGUGCGGUUGAAGUUCUUUCCGGCAAGGAAGUUGAUAUCAAUCCCGAGGUAUUCAGGUCAACUGCUGUCCGAAAAAGACCUAAACCUGUAAAUUUGUUAUUAGAAAGUUUUGACGAAACCAGUUCAAUCGCAAAACUUGUUGAUGACAAACCAGUAAAAACAUUGCUCGAUGACGAUCCAGAUUUACCAACCGACGCAUUACCGUUAACAAUAGUCACUCCUAUUGAGGUGAAACCACAGCCRAUUAAAAAAGAAAAUAAAAAAACUCCCGAACAAGAUAUUAGUCAAAUUAUCGACGAAUUUGAUUCGCCGCUUAUUUUAUCUGAAACUGCAAACACACAAUUACAGCUUGAUGACGAUAUUGAUGACGAGUUUGCUGCAUUAGCUGCUGAAUCUUUGUCCAAAUCUCCUUUACCGGAGGACGUUGAUCCAUUUGAUACAUCUUUUGCAGACCAUCUUGUCCCUGCAGUUAACAAUCUCAAUAUUGAAAGUGAAAAAACUAACCAACCAACUAAUGAUAAAGUAGCGGAAAAAGAAUUUUUUGAAAUCGUUAGACCGCUAAGUCUUGAACAUAGAGAUUUGUUGGGUGGAAGUACAACAGAUUUAUCAGUUAUAGGACAUAAUCCGAUUGAACCUCAUAAUCUAGUAUCAGAAACUACGCAUAUUGAUCCAUUUGAUACAUCUAUUGCAGAAAGUUUAUUACCAGGAAAAGGAGAAUUAAAAUUACUCGAAAAAGAAUUAUUAGAAGAUUCUAAAACACUUUGUAAAAAAAUAAUWAUUGAAGAAGACGACGAUUUUGAUCCAAGAGCCGAAGACAUUGUUCGACCAGCUGAAUUAAAUCUAAAAGAGAAGAGAGUUAGUAUACCUAAAGUAACAUUUGCCUUAGAAAAAGAUUUGUUAACUGACGACYAUCACGGUGAGCUGCAUGUAACAAAACCAUUGACUCCAUAUUACCCACAGGACCAACCAAACGACAACAAUUUCGAAAUUGAUCCAUUUGACACAUCAUAUGUACAACACGCACCUGGAGAGGUAGAGUUAAAAUUAUUAGAAAGCGAAUUGGUAGAAACUGAAUCAAAGUGUACAGAUAUACUGACUGAAGAAGAAUUCAUACCUCACAUACUUCAUACUCCUGUUGAACCAGAAAUUGCCAUUCCUGAAGAAAUCGAUCCGUUUGACACUUCAUUUGCUAACGACGCUGCGCCUAGUCAAACAGAAAUAAAAUUAUUAGAAUCUGAAUUUAUACAUAAAAAGAUGGCAAAUCCAUUUUUAAUCGGUGAUCCAACAUCUACCUUCACCGAAAAUAAUAAUACUUUCAAUCCUUUUUUAACUAAUACAGCAACAGAUCAAGAGUCUCAUAAUGAUAAUCCUUUUUUUUCAACAUUUGAUUCAUCAAACGCUAUUCCAGACAACACAAAUCCUUUUUUGGCGUUCACACAAAAUCCUGAACCAGCUCAGUCAGUUGUUGAUCUGCUGGGUAUUAAUGAAACCCCCCAAACUACUGUAUUAGAAGAUGCAUCCAAAAUGAAACCUCCACCACCGAGACCAGCUCCACCAAAACGACCACCACCAAGACCAACACCACCACCACCGCCUUCACAUGAAGCCAAAGAACUCAUACUCAGUGUAACAGGAGAAAUGGAUGCGACUUCKUUACAUUUAUUAGAUAGAUUAGCAAAGACUCCAAGUCCCAUUCCAAUGCGAGACUUAUUAACACCAAGCCCUACGCCAACAGCUGAUCUAUUAGGAUGUGAGGAUCUUCAACCUCCGAUUAACUCUCAAAUGUCAAGUGUUUUUGAUCAUCAUUCCAAUAAUAUUGAACUUCCAUCAGGAUCAAAACCAGAAAGACCAAAAUUUCCACCCAAAAUUGAUUUUCUUAUGGAUGAUUUAUUAGAAGAUGUCCCAAUUCACGAAGGCRUACAGCCUGAAGAAUUUGAUGUGAAAAAUAGAACCCCGUCAAUCUCAGAAAACCCACCAUUAACUGUAGAAUCGAAGCCAUCUUCAAGGAAAUCUUCAAAUGAAUUUAUUCUACCAGUUAGAAGAUUAUCUCACGACGUUACAGAAUCCAGAAAAAUUAUGCCCGAUUUGAGUAAAAUAGCAGAUCGUAGGAAAUCAGAUAUAGGUAAUUUUGCACCAAUCUUACCUUCAAGAAAACCAACAAGCCAAAGUGAUCAGUCACUUUUACAAAGUAAAUCUGAAAACAUAAUUCAAGAAAUAAAUGAACCCGAAGACAAAUCAUAUGAUGAAAUAUUACAAAAUACACCAAAAACUAAUUUUGUAUCUACUGAAAAAAAUAUUGACCAAAAUGUACAAGAAGAAAGUUUCCCUGAAAUAUCUAAAGAAAUAAACACUGAGAAGAAUGAAGAAAAAGAUGAAUCAGAUUUGGAUUCGCAACAACAACAAAUAGAAUCGUCUGAUCACAUUGAAAUUGACACUCCAUCGAAUGGUACAAAAGUGACACCAUCAGCAACAGACCUUUCACCGAUAGAAUUGACAGAGAAGGAAAAUUUGUCUUUUAAUGCGUUUUAUGUAAACACAACUUUACCAACAUCUGAAUCAUUUCCUUCAUUUACUGAUGGAGAUGGAAUGGGAGAGAAUUUAGAUACAGAUGCAUACGAUACAAAACCAAUACCACCAGUGCCUGAUCCAUCGCCUUUCCAAGAAAUACCUUCUCAGGAAGCAUCAUUUAGUGCAGUAUUUGAAGUGUCCGAGCAAAUAGCGAGUACUCCAUUCGAAGUUCAAGAACCACAACAAACAGACAACAUAGAACCGAUUAUAACUACAACAGUGCCAGACUCAUUUCCGGUAUCAACAGGGAGUGAAGACCACGAUGCAUUUGAUGCAUUCGCUGCAAAAUUUGACGAUUCUCAAAAUGAUAGUAAUGUAUCUGGAGUAGCAUUCGACGCAUUUGGAAGUGUAUCGGGAGGAGCAUUUGAUGAUUCAACAAUGGGUUUUGGAAACGAUGAUAACUUUGAUUCAUUCUUAUCAACACAUCAAAUUCCAGCUGCACCACAGUCAACACCAGCUAAAGUAACAAGAAAUAAUUCCGGAGAAUCUUUAGAUGAAAAUGAUUUCAAUGUUUUUAUUAGACCUAAGACAGAGUCAGAUAACACCGAUCAAUCUWCCGUGCCUUCAAUAGCUCCUCCACCUAAAGUACCUACAAGUUUAUUUCAAGAAGGAACUCCUUCUAGAUUUAAUCCAUUUGAUCAAGAGCCGAAUGAAACGAAUUAUAAAAACCAAGAUACAUACUCUCCUCAACCUAUACCUCAAAGAACUGAUUCUCAAGAGACACCACCAAGUCCUUUGUUUGAUGAAGAUGUCUCUCAACCUCUUGAAGAAUUUCCAAGAGUCAAUUACAAUGGUGAUGGCUGGGCAAUGGAAUUAAGACAACCAAACAAGAAAAAAAUAACAGCUCACCGAUUUUGGAAAAAAAUAUUUGUUAAAAUCACAUACCAGGGAGAAAAUCCUGUCCUACAAUUGUAUAAUACUAAGGAUGAUAAAGAUCCAUUCCAAGAAUUACCAUUACAACCGAGUUAUUCUGUAUCCGAUAUUGGGGCCCAACAAUAUGAUCAAUACGGUAAAAUAUUCACUGUGAAACUGUUAUAUAUAUUCUAUAAAGAAAAGGCAGGAUUUAGACCAGGUCAAGUAACAAAAGCUGAAAGGUUAACCAACAAACUGAGCCAAUUUGCAGCUUAUGCUAUUCAGGGUGAUUAUCAAGGUGUAAAAGAAUUUGGUAGUGAUUUGAAAAAAUUAGGAUUGCCCGUAGAACACGGAGCACAAACAACGACAUUGUUAAAAUUGGGAAGUCAUAAUUUUGAAGACAUGAAACAGUUUAGUGUUUGUAUAGAAGAAGCCUUAUUUAAGCUAUCUGCGCAUCGUGAUAGAGCAUUGAAUUAUAAAGUAGAAGAUGUGCAAAUAACUGCAAUUGAUGAACUAUUUGUUGACCAAAACUCACAGGGAUCAGUACUCAAACAAAUCGCUMGGGUCCGUUUAUUCUUCCUAGCAUUCAUGUGCGGAAUGCCCGAUGUUGAGUUGGGUGUAAAUGAUUUAGUUCGACAAGGAAAAGAAGUAGUCGGCCGUCAUGACAUAAUUCCGGUAGUUACUGAAGAAUGGAUUCGAUUGGAAGGGGUUGAGUUCCACAAUUGUGUUCAACAAGAUGAAUAUGAGAGAACAAGAACUAUAAAGUUUAAACCUCCAGACGCUUGUUACAUCGAAUUAAUGAGGUUUAGAGUCAGACCACCCAAAAACCGUGAACUUCCUUUACAAUUGAAAACAACAAUGUGCAUAACGGGAAAUAAGGUAGAAUUAAAAGGAGAUGUACUCGUACCAGGAUUUACGAGCAGGAAAUUAGGACAAGUGCCUUGUGAAGACGUUGCCAUUAGAUUUCCAAUACCGGAAUGUUGGAUAUAUCUAUUCAGAGUAGAGAAGCAUUUUAGAUAUGGAUCAGUGAAAUCUGCACAUAGAAGGACGGGCAAAGURAAAGGUAUCGACCGUUUUCUUGGUACAAUGGACAAUCUCGAACCUCAUUUGAUUGAAGUGACAUCUGGUGAGGCCAAGUAUGAACAUCAUCACAGAGCUGUAGUAUGGAGAAUGCCGAGAUUGCCAAAAGAAGGACAGGGAGCGUACACUACGCACAACCUCGUAUGCCGCAUGACCUUAACGUCGUACGAUCAAGUUCCUGAGGAGCUGGAUAAAUACUGUUAUGUGGAGUUCACAAUGCCAACAACCCAGGUGUCACACACCACCGUUAGGUCGGUAUCAAUUGUAAACAGCGAAAAAGAUUCACCACCUGAAAAAUAUCUGAGACUAAUGGCCAGACAUGAAUAUAGGGUGGAAAUCGAACAUAUACACGGACAGAUCGAAGAAAACCCAUAUCUAGCUGCAACUGCGAUGCCAAGAGCCACCCCAGAAGCAAAACCACCGCCAACCCCGCAGGCUGCUUCGGACAGUGACUCUUCUUCUUAAAUCAAUGGCGUACGCUGAAUUUUUUAAUGGGGGGGGGGGUUAAACCCCUACUCCCUCAUAUAGGUAUACCACUGUCUUAAAUAAUAUACUAUUUAAAUAGUGAAUUUUCUAGUACUAUAUAAUUGUUAUGAUGUUACAUAAUUUGUUAAUAUUCAAUUUUAGCUUAUGAUCUCUUCCUCUACAGUUCGGUUAAUACAUAUUUUAUACAAUGUACAUAAUAAAUUUAGUUUAGACGGCGACGUACUGUCGAAUACUCUAAUACUAUAAUAUUACCACGAAAAGCACAUUAAUAAAAAUAUCUAAAUCCACGUGCAAGCUGAAAUAAAUGACUACUUAUUACAUAAACUAUUUAUAUUUCAACUUAACGUCGAACAGUGAAAUUUAAUAGCUGUGUCGUACUGUACAUCUGUAAACCAUAGAAGAAAAAUUAAACACUUUUUAUGAGUCAUUUUUUAAAUAGAUUUUUUUAUUAGUGGGCUAUUACGGUAUCGAGUUCAUAAGAUGACAAUAAUACACGUCGAUAUCGUUUUACAAUAUACCCCUAAACAAUUUUUUUACUCUUAUUUAAAUGCUUGGGGUGUCUCGUUAUUUUUAUUAGUGACUUUUUGUAUUACCUAGCUGUUACGAAUACGUGUUGUUUUUUUCAUACUAUGCCCGUGUCGUACAUGUGCCAUAAUAAUUAUAAUGUCAUACGUUUUACGUAGAUAACAAUUAUACGUAAAAAAAUCUAUAUUUAUAUGUUUACGAAAAUAUCCAUAACAAGUAUUAUAUUCGUGUAUAAUACGUGUAUAAUACGUGAACAAUGAUAACUAUUCAUUACCUACACCUAGUAUAGUAUUAUUAUUAUUACUGUUGUUAUUAUUAUUAUAUUUUUUUUUCUAACGGAGUAACGUACUUAGUUAAUUUUAAUUUUUUGGUCAUUUUAUUAAAGUGUAAAUAAUAURAUUGAAUACUUCGUAACAUUAUAAGCCACAGUUACACGACUAAAUGAGUGACUACGAAUUAUAUAUUAAUAAAUAUAAUACUUUCGCAAUACAAUGUACAUACAUGUCAUAGGCUUGAAUGAUCGGUUUACUAUCGAUCGUUUUUUUUUGUUAAACUAAAAGAUUUGAAACAAAGUUAAACAAUAAUUAUCACCAUAGGAGUAUAUUGUAUUAAUACAUCCCGAUUGUUAUUAUUUAAACCAUAAUGAAAAAAAAAAACAAUAUAAUUCAUAACUAUCACUAGUCCACUGAUAUGCAAAAUACAGACUACGCGUGACUAAUUGGCUAUAAUACUAAAUAAAUUAAAAUUAAGAACGAAACUUUUUAUUAGCUUAUCUUAAUAGGAUUGUAUUAAAACAAAAUGGUUAAGUUUUUUGGUAGGAAUAAAGCAUUAUAAUUAAAGUUCGUCGACUCAAGUCACUGAAAUUUCAGUUCUGGUCACGCAAAAACGAUUUAAUUGUUUUUCAUUUAUACAUUCUGAGCGUUGUUAUACUUGCAAUUUAGAAUAUUUUAUCUUACGAUCAGCAAUAGGAUUUUAAUAAUAUUUGUAAUAUUGUAAUAAUUAUUUUACCGAAAUACAGUGGUGUGUUAUACAACCUAACUACUUUAUUUUUAAUCAUACGUAUCUUACUAUUCUCUGUGAAAUGGAUUAAUCGUUUUUGUUGCAUAUCAUGAAGGUAUCAAAAACUUUUGAACGCGUUAAUUGUUAUUUGUUAAUUUGUAAGACAUAAAAUAUUAUUGAAAAUAAUAUAAACUAUUAAUAUUACACUUACUAACAUAUUAACUAUUAAUAUUGUGGUUAUAUAGCUUUGAUUGUUACAGUUAAGAUUGAAAAGUCAAAUAUAUGUCAGUACGUCUCAAUGUAUCAAAAAAAUUUAGGUACACUGAGAUAAGUACCCAUGUAUCUAUUCGCAAUAACAAAUUAUCGCAUAUAUAUUAGUUGGACUAUAUCCAUUAUUCAAUAAUCGUCGGUUAUAUUAUGGUGUGGUGAAUUUUAAAUAAAUAACCUUCUUAGAAAUUUGUCCCGAGUAUUUAAGAUAACUCAACAUUCCGCGUUAAAUUCAAUAUUUGAGACGUAUUUUAUGUUAAAAUAUUUAUAUUAUUAUUAUAAUACGUACAAGCAUAAUGUAUU